UCCACACACAGACAGCAGCACGGCAGCGCCCGGAUAACAUGAUUAGCGCUCUAUUAGGUCCGCUACCGAGCCCCGCUAGAUGCAGCACAGGGACCAUAGUGUGAGGAGAGAGAGGAGACGCUUCAUCCGCCACAUGGAUCUCCUUUGCUUCCCAUUGAUCUGCUUAAAGAAGUUACCCACUGACAGCUUGUUUAAUGCCCGCGCGUCUCCGGCACUGGAGAGGUUGUGUCACCGCUUUCUGCUUCAGAUGAUCUGACAGCCUUGUAAAUAAAAAGAGCUUCUCCUUGAGGAGACGAUGAAAGAGAAAGAUCUGGGAAAGCCUCAGAGGAGUGAUUCAGUCCCUUCCUUUCAUGCUGUGAGCGAGUAGCUCAGUCCUUCCUGGUGAUGAUAUUUGUUAACCCCAGGUGAACUCACAUAGGAAGUGGGCCAAUCUGCUCCAAUGGCGUUUGACAACGAGACCAACCAGACUCUUCCAGAUGUGGCCCCGUACAGCCUGCGGGUCUCCCUGCCGCUCACCGUGCUGGUGGGGAUCAUGAUUCUGCUCACGGUGUUCGGCAACGUGCUGGUGGUCAUAGCUGUGUUUACAAGCCGGGCCCUGAGGGCUCCUCAGAACUUAUUCCUGGUGUCUCUGGCGUCGGCGGACAUUUUGGUGGCUACCCUCGUGAUGCCUUUCUCCUUGGCCAAUGAGCUCAUGGGAUACUGGUACUUUGGCGAGGUGUGGUGCGAGAUAUAUCUGGCACUUGAUGUGCUUUUCUGCACCGCCUCCAUCGCCCACCUCUGUGCCAUCAGCUUAGACCGCUACUGGUCCAUCACACAGGCCAUUGAGUACAACCUGAAGAGGACACCACGACGCAUUAAGUGCAUCAUCUUCAUAGUGUGGGUCAUUGCAGCGGUUAUCUCCUUCCCGCCUCUAAUCACCAUGGAGAAAGAAAACAGCGAGGAGGACCCUGUGUGUAAGAUCAAUAAUGAUAAGUGGUACGUCAUCUCCUCUUGCAUUGGCUCCUUCUUCCUGCCCUGCGUCAUCAUGGUGCUGGUCUACGUGCGGAUCUACCAGAUCGCCAAAAAGAGGACGCGAGCGCCACCAGGGGACAGGAGGAAGGAGAUGCCGAAGAUGGCAACCGUCGCUGCUGCCAACCAGAAGGAGAACGGCGUGGGGGGAGGUGAGGCCGAGGAGCGCCUCUGUCAUGAGAAGCUGAAUGGCGAGCGGGACAUUGAGAUGAAGGAGGGAGUGGGUGGAGCAGAUGAGGAGAAGUGCGAGGUCAAUGGGGUGGACCUCGAGGAGUCAUCCUCCUCUGACCACAAAGUGAACAAUCCAUGCUCCAUCAAAAAGAAAUCAACCAAGGGGAAAACCAAACUGUGCCAAAUCAAACCGGGGGACGAUGGCGUGCAAAAGAGGGUUCCAAGCACCAAGGGCAGCCGCUGGAAGGGUCGACAGAACCGGGAGAAACGCUUCACCUUUGUCCUGGCCGUGGUCAUUGGAGUGUUUGUUAUCUGCUGGUUUCCCUUUUUCUUUACAUACAUGCUGAUGACGCUGUGCGAGUCCUGCCCGGUGCCCGACACCUUGUUCAAGUUCUUCUUCUGGUUCGGUUAUUGCAACAGCGCACUGAACCCCAUCAUCUACACCAUCUUCAACAAUGACUUUAGGAGGUCAUUCAAAAAGAUACUGUGCAAGAGGGACACUAGAAGAUAUGUAUGAUGGACUAAUAUCUUAUGUACAUACUUUUUUUUUACUAUAUUGUACAUAAAUUAUAAAAUACAUAGACACAUUGUGCAUGGGUCACUGGCUUGUACGCUCUUGGUGUAACUGCUUGGAAAAGCUUGGAUGAGCUUUACAUGCAGCAUCUUUUCAAAAACCUCCACCAUCCGCAGCUUCAACACAGAUCACUCAGAAGUCUGAACAGAACAGAACAACACAGUGAAACCAUGUUUUUAUUGUAAAUGUUAUUUUUAUUUUUAUAAAUGAAAUAGUGAAGUUAUGAUAUGCGUUUUACUUUACAACAGUGUGUUGUGCAAAAUGACCUGUCUGAAUAUUUGUCUCUAUUUUCGUUGUUAUGAAUACAGUAUUAUGCCAUUUUUGUAUAAUACAAUGAUAAUGAUGACGACGAUGGUUAGUAUGAUGAUGAUGAUGAUGAUGAUGAUGAUGAUGAUGAUGAUGAUGAUGACAAAGUGUGGGAAAAUGCUGGCUCUAUGAAGAAUAAAACCCAUUUCCUGAACUGGUCUCCAAAGCAAGUGAAAGCAUCAAGUU